AUGCCACAGUCUCCGCCGCCAUCAAAUAGCGGCGACCAUCUUCAACAGGACACACAUCACUUGCUUCAACAUAAUUCAAAUAUGGGUUAUCCACAAGAACGCUUCCAACAUGACGAGGGAGUCCACUUGCGAUCCGAUCAUGGCUCGCCACACCUGAAGGAGGAGCCCGACGCGUAUCGGGGACAGCAUGGCCCGUAUUCAUACCAACACCAAUAUCAUGACUCGGGAAUUGAGGUACAAUAUGACGGCUAUAGUCAGGAUUAUAAUGGAAUAGGGGGCCAGGACCGAUACAGCACACCGGCAAUGUCGUCGUCGUCAAUGUCACCACCGUCAAUGAACACAACUGAUGUCUUGCGUACAAGGAGUGGCCUGGGGAUUCAAAGAGGACAACAAAUUCUUAGGCCAAAGCCUGCAACCCAAAAUACAAUUGAAAAGCCCCCGAAGGCCAAGAAGGCCAAGAAGGAAAAGGUCAAAGCAGAGAAGAAGGUCCCAAGACUGGACAAGCCGCUCAGCGAGUUGACGAAGGACUGGAAGAACGUAGCUGUGGUCGAUAUUGACGCUUAUGUCAACCGGUCUGCGGAUGAGCGGCGGAGAGAAGUGACAGAAGGGAAGGUGCCGGGAAAAGUUAAGCGUCCAAUGAACUCCUUCAUGCUGUACCGGAAAGCAUACCAAAAUCGGACAAAAGACUGGUGUCUUCAAAAUAACCAUCAGGUGGUCUCGCAGGUCUGUGGCGACAGCUGGCCGCUAGAGCCUGAUGAAGUGAGGGAGCAGUUCAACGAAUGGGCACGAGUUGAGAGGGCAAACCACCAGAAUGCUCAUCCAGGCUAUAAGUUCUCGCCGACAAAGCCGGGCGUAGGAAAAGGAACAAAACGAAAGCCGUCUGAGGCGCCAUCUAUGUCGGAGGAGUCCGAACUAGAUGAUUAUGACUGGCAAAGCGCAUCGAGCAGAAGGACAAAAAGGUCGAAAGAAACCCCAACUCCAAUCAGGGACAUGCCGGUCGCAUACCCAACUACGAGAUCGGCAUACCAAUACUCGUCAAGGGAAAGUUCAGUAGACCCAAACUACCGACCUUACAACAUAUCGUCAUUCCAUGCUUCCAACCCAGGAAGAGCGCCACCUCCACAAUAUCAAGCGAACUUGCCGCCUGGUCAGUACUGGCAAAUGACAAGUCGACCACACCCAACCAUGGCUGCGGCGGAAGAUAUAAUUCAUACAGCGACGGUGUCGCCCGGUGAAAACGUGAACUUUCUCGGGCUUCCUGGAGGCCAUGAGUUUGACAUGAUGAGUGUGUAUGGACAAUACGAAGGCCCGCCUCCGGCACCGGAACAGAAAAUCGAUCCUUCUUUGCUCUCUCCAUCACAUGGAUUGUAUAUUGACGGUGGUUAUGGGAGUCGUACUAUCGAUGGCAUAUAUUUGGGCGACACCCAAUAUGGCCAGAAAUAUACUGUUGGAUAUGACGUGGCUGAUCCCAGUCUGGUCGAUCCAGCCAUGCCAUAUAUGGAACCAGAGCAUAAUCAGGACGGAAUGCCACUUAAUGAUCCACAUAUGGACAUCCUCGGAGGUCGCGAGGCCGGUUGGUCCAUGUUGGAAGAUUGCUCGGAAUUCGACAAGUGGAAUCACCCUGAGUAG